AUGAAAGACUUACCUGACUACGUCGCCAAAAAGUACAUUCCGGAUAUUUCACGACGAUACAUUGAACUGGAACGUCGUAUUAAAGUUCUGGAGUCAACACUGUGGGCACUUCCCCGAGAGGAUCGUAGUCUUGAAGAGGACAGGUUUGAAAUACUAACGGAAUUGCUGGACAAGGCAUGCCAAGGAUUUGAGAUCUGGGACGAGCACGUGGAACGAAAUAUCAAGUACGGCCAUCGAGUUGUCCUAGAAGCACGUCUUCUACACCUGAUCGAGUCUAAGUUCGACAUAAUUGAGAAAAUUUGCUCCGAGUUUGACAAACUAAAAGGAGAUCAGCACGGAGUGAACAAUGAGCGAGAGUUCCUUCGUUACGAAAUUCGACAUUGCGAUCUAAUGUUCACUGAGAUCCACGAAAGUUUCCUCAAAUCGUAUCUCGAAAUGGAAUGGUAG